AUUAUAUACACCAAAUUCAGACACUCAUCUCCCACCUUCAUUAUCCUUCAGAUCUCACUCCCCACCCACUAAAUCCCACCCCAUUUCCCCAUCUGGGCAUCCCCCAAAAUGAAGGUCAUCGACAAAAUCAAAUCCUCCCUCGGAGCUCAUUCAAACGGAGGAUUGCCAGACUCGAACGACAAGGUCGUUUUCUCCUUCGAAUUCUUCCCACCCAAGACAGAAGAUGGCGUCGACAACCUCUUCGAUAGAAUGGACCGAAUGGUGUCGCAUAAUCCGACGUUUUGUGACAUUACUUGGGGAGCUGGCGGUACUACUGCAGAUCUCACCCUUGAUAUUGCUAAUAGAAUGCAGAACAUGAUCUGUGUUGAAACUAUGAUGCAUCUUACUUGCACUAAUAUGCCCGUUGAGAAGAUUGAUCAUGCCCUUGAAACUAUUAAAUCUAAUGGUAUUCAGAAUGUUCUUGCUCUUCGUGGGGAUCCUCCUCAUGGCCAGGAUAAGUUUGUUCAAGUUGAAGGUGGAUUUGGUUGUGCUCUUGAUCUGGUGGAGCAUAUUAGAUCUAAGUACGGUGACUAUUUUGGCAUCACUGUUGCUGGUUAUCCAGAGGCUCAUCCGGAUAUGAUUGAGAGUGAUGGUCUGGCUACACCAGGGAAUUAUCAGAAAGAUCUUGAGUAUUUGAAGAGAAAGGUUGAUGCUGGAGCUGAUCUAAUUGUCACUCAGCUCUUCUAUGAUACUGACAUUUUUCUCAAAUUUGUGAAUGAUUGCCGACAAAUGGGUAUAACUUGUCCGAUUGUUCCUGGGAUUAUGCCCAUUAAUAAUUAUAAGGGUUUCAUAAGAAUGACUGGUUUCUGCAAAACAAAGAUUCCAGCUGAGGUUAUGGCAGCAUUGGAGCCGAUCAAGGAUAACGAGGAAGCAGUCAGAGCUUAUGGCAUUCACCUUGGAACAGAAAUGUGCAAGAAGAUUAUGGCUCAUGGCAUUAAGACAUUGCAUCUCUACACACUAAACAUGGAGAAAUCUGCAUUAGCUAUACUAAUGAAUCUUGGUUUAAUUGAGGAGUCCAAGAUUACAAGGUCAUUACCUUGGAGACCCCCAACCAACGUUUUCCGAGUUAAGGAAGGGGUUCGUCCAAUAUUUUGGGCUAAUCGUCCCAAGAGCUACAUAUCAAGAACGGUUGGCUGGGAGCAGUACCCACAAGGCCGAUGGGGUGAUUCCUGUAAUCCAUCAUAUGGCGGAUUAACUGAGCAUCAGUUCAUGCGACCACGUGCACGUGACAAGAAACUUCAUGAUGAAUGGGCAACACCCUUGAAUAGUGUUGAAGACAUUUUUGAGAAAUUCAAAAAGUACUGCCUCGGGAAGUUGAAAAGCAGUCCUUGGUCAGAAUUAGAUGGCCUUCAACCGGAGACAAAGAUCAUUAAUGAACAGUUGGGCAAGAUCAAUUUGAAGGGAUUUUUGACUAUCAAUAGUCAACCAGCAGUCAAUGGGGAGAAAUCUGAUUCCCUAUCUGUCGGUUGGGGAGGUCCCGGAGGAUAUGUCUAUCAGAAAGCAUAUCUAGAGUUGUUCUGCUCCACGAACAAGCUACAUGCUCUAGUUGAGAAGUGCAAGGCAAACCCUCAAAUAACUUAUAUGGCUGUAAACAGAGGAGGAACUUUGCUAUCUAAUGUUGGGCCGAACGAUGUGAAUGCUGUAACUUGGGGAGUCUUCCCAGCAAAGCAAAUUAUCCAACCAACUGUUGUUGAUCCUGCCAGCUUCAGUAUAUGGAAGGACGAAGCCUUUGAAAUCUGGUCUAAAGGAUGGGCAUCCUUGUACCCAGAAGGCGAUCCAUCACGAAAAUUGCUUGAAGAGGCGCAAAGCAGCUAUUUCUUGGUCAGCUUGGUCGAUAACGACUACGUCCAUGGCGAUAUUUUCAGUGUUUUUGCUGAUUUGUGAAGGUAGACGCCAUGGGGGCAGCACCUCCAUUUUGUUAAAGCUCAUUCUACCACUUGAAAUUGUGCUAUUUACCGCUUAAUGGAACUAUAGCUAUGAUAUUGAUCAAUGGUUGUGUAUUUGAAUUUUUAGUCAUGUGUAAUAAUAAUUCAAGGGGAACAACUCCCUCUGAGUUAUGUGCUAAGUGCAUUUGGAGUGGCAACUAAAUUAUUGGCCUAAAACAUUUAUGUAUUUGUUACUAUUCUUUAUUGAGUUGCCACAUUCUAUUGUA